UGUAUUGUAAAUUCUAUGCAAAUAUCGGUGGUGCUUGGAAAAGUCACAAAGCAACAAUCAAUAUUUCCAUAGCAACGCAUCUCAUUUAUUUUUACGAUUUGGACAAUCUUUAAAAGUUGUUAUUUUUGUGAACUAUGGAUGCUUUAGAACCAAGCAACGUUGACGCCGAAGCUCAAGCUGAUAUUCCAGAGCCGGACGUUGAGGAUACAUCCUUAAAAAUAAGACCCCUUGAACGGAUUACCUUACAUCCGAAAGUUCCCCCAGAACCAUCUGCUUAUGGCAAAGGGAAGGGUUACAGUCGGCCAUGGAUUCUGCAGGACGGCAGGGAACCACCUGCUAAAGGCAGCGAAAUGAGAAACCAAUACAAAGUUCCAAAGAAACCUCCACGUACUGUUGGUAUCCGAAAGCAAUUGUUAAAGGACUUCUUCUGGGAGCAAAUGUUAGAAGAAGUAAUAGACGAGUUGAAACCUACCAACCCUGUCGCUGAGUUCUGCACCGAAUAUGAGUCCAACUAUGUGAAGGAUAAUUUCGAGCCACGUAAUUUAGAAAUUCCUUUGGACAAAAACAUGCAUCUAAAAUUCCCCCUGUAUGGUACAGGGUCUAGUGCCGUUACUUUCUACAGCGAGACUACCAAGAAGACAGGACCCGGUGAAAUCCUGGAAAAGUUCCGAAGAUGCCAGUAUUUUACCAAGCCCAUGGAAGAGAGGUUGGACAACGGUUGGGUUUUGUAGUUCACCGAACUUACGUUAGUGUUUUUUUCUUUAAUUUUAUAACUAUGUUCAAAUAGUUAUUUGUUAUACAAGGGGGCAAAGUUGUAUUUUAACACACGAGA